UUCUUUUUUCUGAAUGAAGCUCCACGGAACAUCCCUCCUGGGGGUCCCCGGGAGCCGCGGCCCGCAGAGCUCGGACGCCCAGGCAGCAGCGUCCCAGGGUGCGCGCGCUUUGCCUCAGCCGCCGGCCAGCGCUGUGUGGCCCCCGGGGCGCGGGCGGCGGGAGACGCAGCUCGAGGACUCAGGGCCGGGCUGCCGGGCCAUGGUCGCGGUCCCCUGACGGGCCGCGGCCGCCUCCAUGAAGCGCAAGAGCGAGCGGCGCUCGGCUUGGGCUACCGCGCCCCCCUGCUCGCGCCGCAGCUCGUCCUCCUCUCCCGGCGUGAAGAAGAGCCGCAGCUCCACGCCGCAGGAGCUGCACCGCCUGGAGCAGCAGGACGACCUGUACCUGGACAUCACGGAUCGCCUUUGUUUUGCCAUUCUCUACAGCAGACCAAAGAGUGCGUCAAACGAGCAUUAUUUCAGCAUAGAUAAUGAACUUGAGUAUGAGAACUUCUACGCGGAUUUUGGACCGCUCAAUCUGGCAAUGGUUUACAGAUAUUGUUGCAAGAUAAAUAAGAAGCUCAAGUCCAUUACAAUGCUGAGGAAGAAAAUUAUCCAUUUCACUGGCACCGAUCAGAGAAAACAAGCGAAUGCCGCCUUCCUUGUUGGGUGUUAUAUGGUUAUAUAUUUGGGGAGGACUCCAGAAGAUGCAUAUAGAACAUUAAUCUUUGGAGAUACAGCCUAUAUUCCUUUCAGAGAUGCUGCCUACGGAAGCUGCAGUUUCUAUAUUACACUUCUCGACUGUUUUCACGCAGUAAAAAAGGCAAUGCAGUAUGGCUUUUUAAAUUUCAACGCAUUUAACCUUGACGAAUAUGAACACUAUGAAAAAGCAGAAAAUGGAGAUUUUAACUGGAUAAUACCAGAGCGGUUUCUUGCCUUCUGUGGACCUCAUUCAAGAUCGAGGCUUGAAAGUGGUUACCACCAACAUUCUCCUGAGACUUAUAUUCCAUAUUUUAAGAAUCACAAUGUAACUACCAUUAUCCGUCUGAAUAAGAGGAUGUAUGAUGCUAAGCGCUUUACGGAUGCUGGUUUCGAUCACCAUGAUCUUUUCUUUCCGGAUGGCAGCACCCCUGCUGAGGCAAUUGUCCAAGAGUUUCUGGAUAUUUGUGAAAAUGUUGAGGGUGCCAUUGCGGUGCACUGCAAAGCUGGCCUUGGCCGAACAGGUACUCUGAUAGGCUGCUACCUCAUGAAGCAUUAUAGGAUGACGGCAGCCGAAAGCAUUGCCUGGCUCAGAAUCUGUAGACCGGGUUCCGUGAUUGGGCCCCAGCAGCAGUUUCUGGUCAUGAAACAGUCAAGCCUCUGGCUGGAAGGCGACUAUUACCGCCAGAAGUUGAGAGGGCAGGAGAACGGACCCCUCAGAACAGCCUUCUCCAAACAACUCUCGGAUAUCGACGACAUUUCGCUAAGUGGGCUUGAGAAUCAAGACAAUCAAGAGCCAGAGCCGUAUAGUGAUGAUGAUGAAACCAGUGGAGUAACACAAGGAGACAAGCUUCGGGCCCUGAAAAGUCGGAGACAGUCCAAAGCCAACACUAUCCCCCUCACAGUAAUUCUUCAGCCCAGUGUUCAGAGCUGUAAAACCCCUGAACCUAACCUUUCUGGCAGUGCAGGCAUUACUAAACGAACCACCAGAUCUGCUUCGGGGAAAAGCAGUCUUAAAAGCCUGGCUCCUUGGAGGGAGAGGAGGACCGCUUUGCGACAAAUGCCCGUGCUGGCGUUAUGUCCAGCCGUUUCAAGGACUAAGACAGUCUUGCGUUAAAAAACCGCUGACCAGCACUCCAGGGAAGACUAGGAACAGAAAACCCCAACAGGAUUUAGCCAAUCGCUCUGAAAACAAAACAGACACUGCAAAGGCCUUAGUUUCUCUCCAAAUAAGAAGUUCAUUCAAUGAAGAAAAUAUCACCGGCCUCUCAGCCACGCACUGACUGUAGGGCAUGGCUGAACAUUUGAGGGCCCGACUCCCCCUUUGUAAUUUCAAAUUGGAUGAAAGCUGCUAUCGAAAGUUUAGUCUCAGGUGUCAAUACCCAGCCCUCAGCCACCAGAGAGCUUUCUGGUGAGCGUGGUACAUGUGUGUUCCUGUGAUGGCAAUCGUGUUUGCUGCUGGCCUUCAGAAGGAUCUGAUGAAGGUCUCUUGGGUAUUUAUUUUUUGUUCAGCCUGUGACCGCCGUCUUGCGAUUAAAGAUGAAAGAAGACGAGCAUCUCUCCAGUGGUACCCUCCGUCUAAGACAGGAUUUGGUACGAUGUUUCACUUUGCUCCUGUUAAUACUGUCGUGAUGUUCACUGUGUGAAGUACCCAAGCUGCUUGUCUUUCACCAAAGAGUGCUUUAAUAACAAUCUGUGAAAACUACAUUUAAACACUGUUACGUGUUGCUGUGGUUACCAAAACAUGCUAAAGAAUGUUGAUAGAGUAUUUGAACCUUUUCUCAGUUGAAAGGUUAUGUAAGUCCUUGUGUCGUUUAGGAUGAAGAUUUCAGGGCUGGGCGUUAGAUCGCUCAGUCACACGUCGGAAUUGUGUUUCCUCCAGUACAUUAAAACCAAACAGCAGUGCUGGUGUUUGGUGGCUUUAAAGACAAAAUUGUUCACCCUCUGUAGAGUCUUUUCUCUGUGCUGCUGUGGAGUUUUGUUAUUUGUAUGAUUCACAGUUUGAUUUUAGCGGCAAUUGCUUGCUUCUGGAGUUAGGCUGUUUGUGUAAGAGAAUUCACUGUUGCCUUUGGUUAGGGAAUACGACUAGAAACUGUAGUGUGCCUUCUCUCUUCACCCCUGCUGGAAGCCAACAGCACCUGUGCCAUGAAGCAAUUGCAAAGCCAGAAUUUAUCUGUUGCCAAAAAGAAAAAGACAGAGCCAAUCAUCAAAGAAUGCUUUAGAGUUGUCCUGGUUACCGCCACAGCACAGGAUAAUGGUUUUUAUUGCCUCUUCCCAGUUUGGAGACUGGAGAAAUGCCGUAUUGAAAGCCAUUGAGAGCCAAUGCCUUCCUAAGACAGACGAACGUCAGGCGAGCAGGCGACCCCACUUGAACAGUUGCCCUUCUUGUAGACGGAAUGAAUAAGUUAAAGUCUGGUAAAUUUAAAAAAGAAA